AUGGCAGAUAAAGUACGAGAUUCUCACCAGUUUAAUCAACAAAAAGCUAAAUAUAUUGGAUUAGGAGAUCCUGAAACUACUAGGAAUGAAUUUAUAACCAAUAUUCAUAGAGAUACGUAUGCAUCAUUAGCUCAACAUGAUGAUUUACUCUUGUACAAUUCCUUAGUUACAAAUGAAUCUACAGAAACAUUGAGAUUGAAAAUGAUUAAAAAAAUGGUUCAACCUAUUAAAGCACCUAUAAAGGAAUCAAAAUAA